AUGUUCUCCGUUACCAGCACUACUACUACUACUACUCAAGCCGCCUUGCGCGUUACUGCGAAGCCGACGACGUCGUCCAAGAGAGGCGCGUUGCAAGUCGUCGCCAACGCCAAAGUCGACGCGUGCGACAAGAAUUCCAUCAUCGUUUCCCCGUCCAUCUUGUCGGCGAACUUUGCGACUUUAGGUGCGGAAGUGCAAGCGGUGGACAAAGCCGGCGCGGAAUGGAUUCACAUCGAUGUUAUGGAUGGUCGAUUUGUGCCGAACAUCACCAUUGGCCCGUUGGUUGUUGAUGCUUUGAGACCAGUCACGGACAAGGUUUUGGAUACGCACUUGAUGAUCGUGGAACCGGAGUUGAGAGUGACGGACUUUGCGAAAGCGGGGUCGGACAUCAUCUCCGUCCACGCCGAAGGCGCGAGUACCAUUCACUUGCACAGAACUAUCGGUCAAAUCAAGGACUUGGGUUGCAAAGCGGGCGUCGUGUUGAACCCGGGAACCCCGAUUACGUGCUUGGAGUACAUCAUCGACUUCGUCGACUUGAUUUUGGUCAUGUCCGUCAACCCGGGCUUCGGCGGUCAAUCGUUUAUUGAAUCGCAAGUGCAAAAGAUCAAAGAGAUUAAGGCGUUGUGCAACAAGCACAACGUCAACCCGUGGAUUGAAGUCGACGGGGGCGUCUCUCCGGCCAACGCGUACAAGGUCAUCGAUGCCGGGGCGAACGCCUUGGUCGCCGGUUCCGCCGUCUUCAACUCUCCGGAUUACGCCGCCGCCAUCGCCGGCAUCAAGGCGUCCAAGAAGCCGUAA